AGUAGGAAACGUUGAUCCAUAGUAAGAGCUUAACAUGGUUAGCUAAGUGAGGUAGUGCUGGUUUAAAUCUAAAUGUCAGACCUCAAAGCGUUGUCUUUCACUCUAUUGAUAUAAAAUCUACGUAUGGACUUGCUAUUUUAUCAGGAAGCUUAGUAAUAGGUUGAUAUUUGGCCAUUUUUUUUUCGUCUAUGCGGUAAUGUAGAACUAGCCUGUUAGCUCUGCGUCGUUUCAGUGGAACUCCUCAGCUCGCUAGUUUUGUUGCAUUGGAAUUUCUUAGCUUGUUUGACAGUUGGGGAAGCUAAAAUUAACCACGUUUAUAUGUAGCGAUCCGGCCUCCGUUCGACCAGGUUUGUGUGUGAAAGUUUAUUUUGUGCUAGUUUUGUCUCUGUCCGAAUGUUUGGUAACAGAAACAGCAACGGCUGCAGCUAGCAGACGGUUAGCCCGUUUACAUCAACAAUGGGUUAUAAGGGAGGUUUGAAGACGGCUAAAAGGCUUUAUUUUGUGGCUAUCCUCCUCCUCGUCUUCGCUGAUCGACUGGCAGCAGAUGAAGAUCAACACAGAGACGAUGGAUCUGAGUUAAAGUCAUAUCACGAUCCAGACUCUGAUGAGGAAGACGUCCAUAUUGUAUCAAGGAUUCUGGCAGCCGCCGCGGCGACGCCUCGUGUCGACGGCUCCCAAGCAGAAGAGGAAAAACGGUCACUUCGAGAGACGGAGGAAAAGGAAGAACUACCUGAACAGCCGCCGCCUCCUCCUCCUGAGGAGAAACCUAAAGAGGUUCCUGUAGUGAAUGGGGGCACAGCUCAUGGCGAGCCCUGCAUCUUCCCGUUCUACUUCCACGGGAAGGAGUACUCUGACUGCACCACUGACGGGCGGGGGGAUGGACGGCUAUGGUGCGCCACAACCUAUGACUAUGACGAAGACAAGAAAUGGGGAUUCUGCGAGACGGAGGAGCAGGCGGAGCAGAGGCUGCAGGCUGAAGAAGCGGAGGAGCAGUAUCAGACAGUCCUGCGGCUGCUUAAUGGUUCCACCAGGAAGGCUCAGAAGAAAGAGUUGUACCAGAAGCUGUUGAAAGUAGCGGAGAAAGGCCACCAGAAGGCCACGGAGAAGGUUGCAUACGCCAUGCUGUUUGGAGAUUACAUGAACCAAAAUAUCACCAAAGCCAGACAGAUGUUUGAGAAGCUGGCUGUGGAGGGCUCACCUAAAGCUCAGAUGGCUCUUGGCUUUCUGUAUGCAGCAGGACUCGGCGUUAACUCAAGUCAAGCCAAGGCUUUAGUUUAUUACACCUUUGGUGCAUUGGGUGGAAACCUAAUAGCGCAUAUGAUUAUGGGUUAUAGAUACUGGGCCGGUGUGGGUGUUUCUCAGAGCUGUGAGUCAGCGCUAACGCAUUAUAGAGUGGUGGCAAAUCACGUGGCGAGUGACGUGUCACUGACGGGAGGCUCGGCAGUGCAGAGGAUCAGGCUGCUGGAUGAGGUGGAGAACCCAGGCUCCACCAGUGGGAUGCUGGAGGAAGACCUCAUCCAGUAUUACCAGUUUUUGGCAGAGAAAGGAGACGUUCAAGCUCAGGUUGGUUUAGGUCAGCUUCAUCUACAUGGUGGACGUGGAGUGGAGCAGAAUCACCAGAGGGCGUAUGACUACUUCACACAGGCUGCGAAUGCUGGGAACACACAUGCUAUGGCUUUCCUUGGAAAGAUGUAUUCAGAAGGCAGCGAGUUUCUCCCUCAGGACAAUGAGACAGCUCUGCAGUACUUCAAAAAGGCCUCUGAUAUGGGUAAUCCAGUGGGCCAGAGCGGACUGGGGAUGGCUUAUUUAUAUGGAAGGGGAGUCCCUGUGAACUACGAGUUGGCUCUAAAAUACUUCCAGAAGGCAGCAGAGCAGGGUUGGGUGGACGGACAACUCCAGCUGGGAACCAUGUAUUACAAUGGCAUCGGUGUGAAGCGGGAUUACAAACAAGCGCUGAAAUUCUUCAACCUGGCAUCGCAGGCCGGCCACAUCCUGGCUUUCUACAACCUGGCCCAGAUGCACGCUACCGGUACCGGCGUGAUGCGCUCCUGCCACACCGCAGUGGAGCUUUUUAAGAACGUGUGUGAGCGGGGCCGCUGGUCCGAGCGUCUGAUGACGGCCUACGGCAGCUUCAAAGAGGGAGAGACGGACGCCGCGCUGGUCCAGUAUCUGCUGCUGGCAGAGCAGGGAUAUGAAGUGGCUCAGAGCAAUGUAGCCUUCAUUCUGGACCAGAAAGGAGCAAAUAUCUUUAGUGACAAUGAGACCUAUCCUCGUGCUUUACUCCACUGGACAAGAGCUGCUGCACAAGGUUACACUGUGGCUCGGAUUAAACUGGGCGACUAUCACUUCUAUGGCUAUGGAACAGAUGUGGAUUAUGAGACGGCAGUCAUUCACUACAGGCUCGCAUCAGAGCAACAAAACGGCGCCCAGGCCAUGUUCAACCUGGGUUACAUGCAUGAGAAAGGUCUGGGUAUCAAACAGGAUAUCCAUUUAGCAAAGCGCUUCUACGACAUGGCAGCAGAAGCCAGUCCUGAUGCCCAGGUCCCAGUUUUCCUGGCCCUGUGCAAGCUGGGCCUGAUUUACACUCUGCAGCACCUGCAGGACCUUAAUCUGAAGGAGUUGAUUACUCAGGUGGACCUGGACCAGCUUCUGGGCCCGGAGUGGGACCUCUACCUCAUGACGGUCAUCGCCCUGCUGCUGGGCACGGUCAUCGCCUACAGACAGCGGCAGCAUCAAAUCAUCGUGGCGCCCCGCCCCCCGGCUCCCACUCCAGCGCCCCCUCCCAGACCCGCUCAGGACGACGAGGAAGAGGAGCCGCAAGCUCAGGCAGAGCCUCAGGAUCAGGAGGAGACGCCCGCCCCAGGCGAGGCUCAUGAGGAGGAGGAGGAGGAGGAGCAGCAGCAGUGAGGAGAGGCCAGGGAAAGACGCAGAACUGAUUAAAAACCUGCUGCUUUGAGCAUGUCUCCCACUGCUCUCCUCCACGUUAUUAGAAAACUCUCAUUGGCUGCUGAAACUGUUCAGUUCUCCAUUCGAGGAGUGAUGAAACAAACACAGGACCUAGGACUUUUUUUUUUUUUUUUUUUUUCCUGUGACUCGGGAUUCUGCCAGAGGCAACCAUGGCCUCACCAUGGAGCUAUGUUGCAGUUUCCUGAUUAAAAACAUUUUAAAGUCAGCUGAUUAGAAGGAUUCUAAUUUCUGCUUUAGUUUCUUCUCACACGUCCCUGUUUUGUCAAAUGUUUUUUCGCCAGGAGUCGAUCCGCUUCAGUCCUAAAUAAAAGCAGAUCUAGAAAAUUAAAAGGGUAAGGGAAUGUGAAUUAAGCUUAUUUAAUGUUUUAGUUGCUAGAGACAAGAUUCUGCUUCAUUUUUUGGUUGAGGCAAUUUUUUUUUAACAGUCUUAAGUUAAUUCUAGCUAAAUUUCCUUCAGUAUUUUUGCCGGAAUCCAUAAAGUUUUAAUUUCUAUACUAUAAUAUACAAAAUCCAUCUGCUUUUUUUUAUUAUUAUUUUUAGAGAAACAAUAAGGAUGUUGGACAAUUUUCUUUAAAAAGCUGAACUACUGGAGUGACUGUUUGGCUUUCAACAAUGAGGAGCAUUUGAAUUUGGUCAACAACAAAAAAAACAACCUUACGUCAAAAUAAGAUCCUAUUAGAAACAUUUUGUGGGAGAAUAUUUGUUCUUUAAACAAUGAUGCAAUAAUAGGUUUUUAAAUUCAUAUUAAAUGGCAAGUCGAAAACAUGCCAAACUACA